CCCUGAGUUUAAGUGUAAACUACUAAGCAAAUUCGAAAGAUCAACACAGUAUGGAUGUCAGUCCUGAUGUUAUAUCUGGUUUGGGAUUUAAGCAUGCACCUGUGAGCCGGUUUCUUUUGGUGUCAACUGGCAUUCCAUCUGUGGCCGCUGUAUUUUUGUCAAAUGGAUACCGAAAAUUAUUCACUGUAUCAUGGACAGAUGUUAUUCAUAAAAAACAAAUAUUGCGGUUUAUCUGUUCACAGUUUAUCGUGGAUAAUUCUUUCGAUGUCAUUUGCAAUUGUUUGUUCAUUUAUUAUUUUUUGGUGUUGGAACGAAGAUGGGGUUCAAAGAAAUAUAUUUCAUUCUUUUUCACAAAUUGGUCAUUAUCCCUUGGAUUAUAUUUUAUUCUCUUCAAAUCAAAAAUAUUGGCAAGCAAUAUACCAAUGGUGGAAAUAGUACCGAAAGGGAUCUAUGGCCCACUGUUUAGUAUGUUGGUAUACUAUUACAAAGACAUUCGAAGCAACGCAGAAAAUGGUAGAUUUUCGUUUUCAAAAAAGACAUUUGUAUAUAUGCUUGCAGCACAGAUGGUGCUAAGUAACGAGAAAACAUUUUUAAUGGCUUCCUGCGGCAUUAUAUCAGGUAUGAUCUACAGACUAAAUCUUCUCAAAAUACAAUCCUGGUUUACAAUUCCAAACGCUGUGAGCAGUAGGUUUCAACGACUGUAUUCCUACUUCCUAUCCGGUGAAGCAGCUACAACUUCAAGAAAAGCGUACAUGGGAGCCACCCCAGAAAUUCACGAAGACAUGGUGUUUGAUUACGUUAUGAGUAGACAGCGACAGAACGUGGUCAGAGGAGGUGGAGAUCGUCGAACUGUUGGUCAAGGUUACGCUGACGUCAUCAAUCCUUCUUUCGGGAGUCUUUUUAAUAACGCACGACACGUGGAACAACAUGCACCGCCCACACCGCAAGCCCCGCUCACUCCACAAGCGCCGCCCGCUCCGCAACCGCCUCCAUAUCCUGAAGUGGUAAACGAGGCAGAGCCCACAUCUGACGUACGUGAAGAAAAGGUGAAAACUUUAGUCGAUAUGGGUUUCGCAAGAGAUGCUGUCGUUGAUGCUUUAGCAAGUGCUAACAAUGACAUCCAACACGCCACAAGCAUACUACUAUCCGCACAGUAAAUCAUGCAGAAACAUAUUUUCUAUUGCUGCGUAUUUCUCAAUACCUUUGUGGUUAUCGUAUAGACGCAUACAUGUGAACAGGAUGGAAUAGCGAUUAAAGCGCUGUCAGUAAUAAGACAGGCUGGAUGAAGUUCCUGUCCUUUACUGACAUGACAGUGUUGAUGCGUUUUGGGACACAAUUGACAUGAUAUUGAUUAUUUUGUGCAGAUUUGGCGUUUUUGUUCCCGCCAGUUAAUUAAAGCUUUGUUGAUAUACGUUUCAGAUUUUGAUGUAUACUAAUAUCAACAAAAUCAAUAUGACGAAUCAAGAAAUUAAACGGACGCAUUGGAUUGCACAAUACAUUACGUAAUGUUUUGGUUAUUGUGCAGCGAUGCAAAUAGCAAUGCGUUUUUUGAGUAAAUCAGUAUUCCUGUCAAUUGAUUGGACAUCAGUAGUGUUUCCAUAUGUUUUGAAUAUUCGACUCAA